ACACACACACACAGCUCUCAGAUUGCUGCACUCAGUGUCUGUAAAGUCACUAUGCCGGAGACACACACUCACUCACUCACACACACACACACACACAGAGAGAGAGAGAGAGAGCACAGACGUACUUCUUCCUUCUUUCCCUUCUUUUAACUUAAAAAACAACGUGACGGAUUUACACCUUGGAUCUGGUUUUAUUUUUAAACAAACAAAAAAAAACUUUGUGGAUUUUUCUUUACCUGGAAGAAUUUAGACAGUUUUGUUGUUGUUGUUGUUGUUGUUGUUGUUUUUUAAAUCAUUCAAUUAUUCAUUUUUUUAAUUGGCUUUGCUGCUGAUUAUUGUAGUUCUUUCAUUUUUCUUGCAGCAUUGGACAUCAGGUCUUCUCAAGUCUCAAAGAUUGUGACUUUUUUAAGGACAUGAAAUAAUUUUUUAAUCACUAUCAUCUUUUAGAAAGCGGCUUGUUUUUUUUGUUUUGUUUUUUUUGUUUUUUUUCUGGAUGACGGUCAGCAAAUUUCAUGCAAGCGAUUUUUAACUUUAUCUCACCGUCACGCUGAAAACGUCUGAUAAAUAUGUUCAUGAUUUUCGUGAAGACUCUGAGAAACUGACCUCGAUGCUAACUGAAGGAACUGAACUGCGGUGACUCGAGCUCUGAUUGACUCACGCUUUGUGUUGCCAAAAUGAACAAUAAGAGACUUUGUACAGAAGGUUUUUUUUUUUUUUUCAUUGUUAUCAUCACUUCGGAUCGUGUAAAAGUAUCCAGUGAACAAGUUUAAGGUUUGUCAGUGAACUUAGAAUCACCUGCUGCGCCUAACAUUCACGUUUUGGAUUAAUUUUUUUUUUCUGGAGGUGAUUCGAGGUGUUCAAUAGCUCCAGCUUUAAGGCGAAAACCGAAACCUUGCUCGGUUUUUGAAAGCAUCUUAAGCUGACGCUUCGUAAACAAAUUCCAACACAUGAGAAUUUUCAUCUAAUUGUUUGACGUUCACUGUAAUGCUUGCCAGAUUGAGCAAAAACAGACAGUAAGGUUUUUUUUCAUUAUUAUCAUGAUGCUGGAUCAUGUCACGCCUCUGAUGAACACGUUUAUGGUUUGUUACGUUAAUUAUAUUCCUAAAGUCAGUCAAUGAUAACUCAUUCACCUACAAAUGGCUCCGGUUUAACAAAAAAAAAAAAAGGCCAAGAAGUGACAGAUUUAUUGUUUUUCAUUGUCAUGCUUAAGGACUGUGGGCGAUUUUAGUGAUCAUGUGAUCAGGUAAAGUGUCCAAUGCAAUCUUAAGCAAGCUUGUUCUAAAAGAAAAAAGAAAAUCUAACUUUGGCAAACUGAUCCAGACGUUUUUUUCUGUCAUCAUCAUCAUCAUCAUGUCGAAGUCUUCGGACCACGUGAAACGCCCGAUGAACGCCUUCAUGGUCUGGUCUCGAGCCCAGCGCCGGCAGAUGGCACAAGAGAACCCGAAGAUGCACAACUCUGAGAUCAGUAAGCGUCUCGGCGCCGAGUGGAAGCUGCUAACCGACUCGGAGAAGCGCCCGUUCAUCGACGAGGCGAAACGACUCCGCGCGCUGCACAUGAAGGAGCACCCCGACUACAAAUACCGGCCGAGACGGAAACCCAAAACCCUCGCCAAGAAGGAGAAGUUUGCGCUGGCCCUGCCGUACGGCGUGCACGCGGAAGCGGAGACGCUAAAACCCUCGGCUGACUCUCUAGUGCGCGCUUCGGACAGAGCGAGGAUCCUGUUUGCGCCGUCCAUCUGCGCCAACCCGUACUCCUUUUUGGAUUUCGGAUCCAAGAUGGCUGACUUCUCUCCACCUCCGCCUCCCCCGCCUCCUCUUCCCCCGGCAAUGCCGUCGUUCCCGUAUCCGUCGUCGCUGGGUUUCCCGCCUUUUUCAGGCGUCCACGCGCACACGAGCGCGCACAACCCGGCCUUUUUGAUGCCUUGCAGCUGCAGCGCGUGGCCCUCGUCAUCGUCUUCAUCAUCGCCGUCUUCGUCGUCAUCGUUUUCAACACCGCUGGCGUACAUCCUGCUGCCUGGCGUCGGUAAAGCGCCAAUCGAGCCGUAUCACGCCUACGCCACCGCGUUAUGAGACCAACAGCCGAUAAUCGUGAGGUCACGACGGAGCAUAAAAAGCCCAAAUGUGUGUGAUGCAUGUGUCAGGAAUGAGCAGUGUGUAGCGCACUAUAAAACAAAACUAAACAAAAAAAAUAGGACGUUUACUUUUGACUAAUGGAUGAUACACACCUUUAAGAAGUGUGUGUGUGUGUGUGUGUGUGUGUGUGAUUUUUUUUUUUUAACCUAUGAAGCGAAAAAAAUGUAGAAAUGUUUAAAGUGUGUGCAUGAAGUACUUUAAACACUGUAGGAACUAAUAAACCACUCUGUGGCAUGCAGUUAUAGGAAACGAAUCAACGACAGGGUGGUGCGAUGAAAGUUUCCUAUAACAGCACAACCCCAAGUGUUUUAUUCCUCUUCUACCACAGCAGUUUCCCAAUUCCGCAUUUAUUACCAAACAACACCUCACACUUUUUAUCCAUUUAUUGCUACAUUGAAAAUACUGAGUCUCACUUAUAACAUUCGUCCUGAAGACGUCGGGAAAACUGAAAGUUCACAGCUUCACCUCUGACUGUUGCAAAGCGCUGACACUGGAGACUCCUUCCAGAAAUGUUACAUAAACAUCACCGUAGCGACGUUUUUUUUUUUUUUUUUUUUUCAUUCGUUGAUCAUCAUCCCUGUGGAUGAGGUGUUGCUAUAGAAACGAUAACCCGCGCUACCGUCUGAGCCGCUGUUAUAGAAAAUGAAUCGUCAGCCAAUCACAAUCCAGAAUUCAACGGCGCUGUGGUGUGGUGUAACCUGUGGGGUUAAAAUGGAGCGUGUAAUAUGUAUAUGAAUAAGUCUGUACAUAUGUGUGUGUGUGUGUGUGUGUGUGCAAAAUGAAAAAGAUUAACAAAAAAGUUUGGAUAUUUACACUAUUGUAAUGAUAAAGAGGGUAUAAGAGAGAAUGUGCACUAAAAACUCUAUAAACGUGUGUGUGUGUGUGUGUGUGGAAAGUACUUUGUAAAGAUAUGUCACUCCCUGAAACAGCACUACAAGACAUUUAGGCGUUUAAUGAUGCUGUAAUACAGCUCUGCAUCACUGUGAGGGAAAAAAAAAUGGACCUAAAAACCAUCCACGUGUGUGUUUACUCGACACGUUCCGAAACGUUGAAAAAUCCGCUCUGAAAGUGUGUGUCAGUGUUUACAGGAAGGACUUCCUGCUUUUCUGUAAGGACCUGCUCCUCUCAGACGUAACAUUUCGUACGGUUUAUACCAGCAUGGGACGUUUAACGGAGCCGUAACGACGGAUUUUUCCAUUUCUGUAAACGUGCAUUUAGGAAUAUUUCUACGUUUGUGCAGAGAAAAACUGAAAGAGUGUCUGAAAUGGACAAAAAAAAAAAAAAGAAGGAAAUGACAUUUCAGCCAAUCAGCACUAAAACAUGUAUAUGUGUGUGUGUGUGUGUGUGUGUGUGUGUGUGUUACGUUGUGUA